CACCGUAACUUUUAUCUUAGGUUGUAAUAGUGUAAACAAUCACGAGUACAGAACAAACUUGUGUAAAAGUUUUGGUUAUAUACUUAGAUGGGAAAAAUGUCAUAUUUUAUUAGAGGAUUACCUAUUCUCCUGAUUCUGAUAAAUCAAUAUCACUCAGCAGACGUUCCAAGCGUUGUUACAAAACUAGGAUCGAUAACUGGAGAAACGAAAAGUGUAACAUUUCAAGGGAAUGAGUAUCAAGUUGAUAGAUACCUCGGAAUUCCAUACGCUAAACCACCGACUGGAGAUUUAAGAUUUCAACCUCCCCAGCCAUUCGGUCCAUUUUCCGAGACAUAUAAUGCUAUCGACUUUGGAGCCUCGUGUCCACAACCAAGCUAUCCUUUUUUGCCGGUGGAGAGAAAGACAGACGAAGAUUGUUUAUUCCUGAAUAUUUAUGUUCCACGCCAGAAACCCGAUGAACCUUCCGGUCACGCGAUAAUGUUCUUUAUACAUGGCGGUGGAUUUUCAAUAGGUUCUAGUAAUAUUUUUGAUGGGGCAGUACUGUCGUCUGAGGGAAAUGUUAUUGUAGUGACAAUAAACUAUAGAUUAGGGCUUCUCGGAUUUCUCGACAUAGACAAUGAAAAGGCGUCAGGAAAUUUCGGAUUACUUGAUCAACACUUGGCGCUUCAAUGGGUUAAUGCAAAUAUUGGUGCGUUUGGAGGUGACAAAGACAGGGUAACGAUAUUUGGGGAGUCAGCCGGUUCAAUGAGUGUUGCCAUGCAGAUGUUGUAUCCGUCCAAUAAAGGACUGUUUAGAAAUGGUAUAACACAGAGUGGCGCUUUAGGCCUUCCGGGUAUAUACCUCGAAAAUAAUAUUAAUACGGCUAAAUUUUUUGCGGAAAAUAUGAGCUGUAAUAUUGAAACAGUUGAUGAAGUGUUUAAUUGCCUCAAAGAAGCAUCACAUGAAAAUAUAAUCCAGGUUAUUCUAGAUACGAUGCAAUCUGGGGGCAUGUCAUCUGCUGCCAUUGUCGGUGUCACUCCAACCAUUGAUGGCAAAUUCAUCAGAAAGAACCCUGCUAAUAUGAUUAAGAAAGCGGACACAGACAGCUGUGAGGAAAUUGACUUCUUCCGAUCAAUUAAACUGAUAAACGGCGUUAAUGGUAAUGAAGGGGGAUUGUUUUUAAUAAUGCUUGGAAAUUCUGAAACGUUAGAAGACUUGGAAAUAACUCGAGAACAAAUGAACACACAAGUGGUUCCUGGCACCAUGGCAAUGAUGUAUGGCAACAAACCUGUACCGGAAUUACUGAAACAACUUAUUAUUUCGGAAUAUACUGAUUGGGAAAAUCCAGAUGAUCCCAAACGACUCCGUGAACAGCUAGUUGAACUUUUUGGCGACAUAUAUUGCAACGUUCCGUGUAUUGAAAUGAGUCGGUUUCAUUCUAAUGCAUCUAAUGUCGAUAGUUAUGUUUACCAUUUUCUUCCUAAAGUGGAAAAGCCCUUGCUUCCAUUACCUAAGUGGGUGAAGUAUGCGAACCAUGGAGAUGAAGUAGGACCUGUAUUCGGCUACAACUUUGAUCCCCAGGUCCUUUUCAACAUAUCUGAGUACACACCACCAGCAUGGGAGCUUGACCUUUCAAGGAGAAUGAUGAAAUAUUGGACAAAUUUUGCUAAGACUGGCGAUCCAAACAAACCAGAUUCUGAAAUGUUAGCGUGGCCAAAGUAUGACGUCAACUCUCAAUCCUAUUUCGUGUUUGAUAGAGAAGAUUCCAUUGGUCAAUAUUUGUAUGCGAGAGCAACGGAAUUCUGGACAAAAAUUGUACCAGCUGUUAUAGAUGCUACAGAGCAUGCGCAAACUGUAACAGAACAAUUUGGAAAGAAAGAUGAACAAACAUGUGAUAAAGAUGGAAAUUGUGGAUAACAGAAAAAAAACUAGAAAAAAAAACUGUUUAUAUAUUUUUUAUGAACAAACUAGUGUAUUCUAUGACCAAAUAUUCGUUGUCUUUUUACAACUAGAUCUACUGAAAAUGUAAAUUAUGUUCAAAAUGGUUAAACCUAAAUGCACUUUUUAGUUUUAUUUUGAGUCUGUUUGAUUAAAACAUAUAAGAAAAACUGAACAUAUUGUAAGUCUUUUUCGCCGUUUGUUAAAGUUUUUAUACUGACUUACUACAGAUUGGAUUACGAAAGAAUUACAAUUUGAUGUUUCUAGUGACAUACAUGUAUGAGUUAUGCCUCUUUGAAUACAUAGAGGAUAUUUGUUUGUUUGGCAUGUAAGAUUGAAAUAUAAUUUCACUGAGUGAACACCAGAUGCAAUAUUUUCACGAGUGGCGUAGCCACGAGUGAAAUAUAAUAGCUGGUGUUCACGAAUGAAAUAUAUUUCAAUCUUAUAUGUAAAAGAAAUUAAUUUUCUUUUUAUUUCAUGCUUUUAAAGUGAUUUUAAGUAUUUUUUACUGAUUUUGCCGCGUAACGUUGUGCAUUCUCCUUUGUGACGUCAUCACAUCAUGACGUCACAUCAUCAAUUUUGAAAUAUAGUUCUGUUAGAUUUCUCUUAUUUUGUUACAUUUUAACAUGAUGUAUGGUGACAUCGACUUUCUUUUCCUAAAGAAGCAAAAUUUACGCAUGACAGCAUUUUUUUCUGCCUAUUAUUCCAUUAAGUUAUGAUUCUCUUUUCAUCCGCAUUCAGAUAUAGUCCGGCUACAGUGAAAAUUAUAUUUUAUAAAUUUCACUAGUGGUUUAUCAGAAUGUAAUCGUCUGAUAUAUUACAAUAAAACACUGGAAAGCAUGAAAUAAAAGUGUCUGUCUUGUUGUAUCUUUUUUCAAUAACGUUCUGUAUUAAAUAUACCAAAAAUGAAUGUGAAUACAAUAUCGUGUUAAUAUCACGAACGUUAUUGUAUUUCCUGGUGAACUUUCAUCUCUGAAAUAGGAUAUAAAUUUAAAUGUUUAGUUAUUUUUUGUUUUGUGUUUAAUAUUAUUGAUGAAGUAACUUUUA